AUGGAUCUUUGCCCAAAAAACACCAGAUCUUUGAACCAAAGCAUCAGAUCUUUGAUCGGACCUUUCAGGGUGGAGCGCGACUCAAUCUCAGCUGCCAGAAGACCCCGCUCAUAUCAAUGGAGAUACCAGCAACAAGGCCCUUCAAGAUGCGGGCAAUGCAUCACAAUCGUCCAACCAGAAUUUGAUUACGGCGAAUCCAUCUGCGAGUACGUUGGCAACACCCAACCCACCUGGCCGCUUAACGGCGGUUCAGAAUCAACCUUUGGUCCCAUCGGCGACCCCGGCUUCCCUACCUACCAACACAGCCCCAGCGAACUCGUCUUCUCGUUGCUCAAGAACAGCUCAAUCUCAGGCCGGCCUUCAUAG